AUGGUACUAGAAGGUAUGGAGACCCAACACAAGGAAACAGGCAACUUGAGCUACUUCAUGCAGAAAGAAAUCUUCGAGCAGCCAGAGUCCAUAGUCAACUCAAUGAAAGGACGAGUCAAUUUUGAUGACCUGACGGUAAAUUUGGGAGGUCUGAAAGAUCACAUCAAAGAAAUUCAAAGAUGUCGACGAAUAAUUCUCAUUGCCUGUGCAACCAGUUACCAUGCUGGACUUGCUACACGUCAGAUCCUUGAGGAGCUCACAGAGCUUCCAGUCAUGGUGGAAUUGGCUAGUGACUUCCUGGACAGGAGCACUCCUGUAUUCAGAGACGAUGCGUGCUUCUUCAUCAGUCAGUCAGGAGAGACGGCAGAUACUGUUCAUGCAUUGCGUUACUGCAAACAACGGGGAGCACUGACAGUUGGGAUCACGAACACCGUUGGCAGCUCCAUUUCCCGGGAGACACACUGUGGUGUCCACAUUAAUGCUGGGCCUGAGAUUGGUGUGGCCAGCACAAAGACAUACACCAGCCAGUUCGUGACACUGGUCAUGUUUGCACUUAUGGUUUGUAAUAACCGUAUUUCUAAGCAAGAGCGACGCAAGCAAAUUAUACACGGUCUGAAAAUGCUGUCAGACAACAUUAAGGAAGUACUUAGCCUUGAUGAUGAGAUUCAGAAGCUGGCAGCUGAACUGUACCAACAGAAAUCUGUGUUGAUCAUGGGUCGUGGAUAUCACUAUGCAACCUGCCUGGAAGGCGCCUGGAAAAUUAAGGAAAUCACAUAUAUGCAUUCAGAAGGGAUCUUGGCUGGGGAGCUGAAGCAUGGUCCACUGGCCUUGGUAGACAAACUUAUGCCGGUCAUCAUGAUUAUAGUGAGGGAUCAUUCCUACAUCAAGUGCCAGAAUGCUCUCCAGCAAGUGGUUGCUAGACAGGGACGUCCAGUGGUGAUCUGUGACAAGGAGGACACAGAAACAAUUAACGCAAUCCCACGUACAAUUAAGGUUCCUCACACGGUGGACUGUCUUCAAGGAAUACUGAGUGUGAUCCCCCUACAACUCCUUGCCUUCCAUCUUGCUGUUCUCAGAGGAUAUGAUGUGGAUUGUCCAAGAAACUUAGCCAAGUCUGUGACUGUGGAGUAGAGUGGGUGGAAUCCGUAGACGACACUAUUUCUACCAUUUCUAUAUCCCAAUUUUUACUUUUAUAUUUAUGUUCCCCUCAUUUCCUUUGUAUUCAGUCCAUUUGCAGCACCUGCUGCUGCAUCUUGUGAAUCUGGAAAACCAGAAUAUUGUACAAAUGUAGUUUCUGUUGUAAACAGACAGAUCCUUGUAGAAUAGAUACUAUUAUCUUCCUUCCUUUGCAGUAACUUGGACAGAGUUCUAGUGAUUUGCACUGACUUUCAUGUCAUGUCAGAUCCAGCACUUUAAAACUUUGUCCAUAUUGCUAUCUUACAGCCCAUGUAAAGAUAUGGACCUUUCCGUUUCUAAACUCUAUGUGUCAAGAGAUAGUCUGCUGUCCACAGUCACCUUAUGACUGCUGUCUGAUAAUUGCUGUGUGUGGAUGGAAAUGACACAACCGGUCAGAGGUGUUGCUCUUACUGAGAAUGUGAUGCAAGCAAA